UAACGCGAGAAGUGAAUCUGCAUAUUUAGUUCGUGAAUUUAAAAAUUUUUAAUAAGAGGGUAAAGAUAUCGCCGCGGAUCGGAGCGUGUCGGGUAGCGGUAUACGAGCUAUCCGUCCAUCUCUCUCGGCACAACAAUGGCCGCCCCCGUGGUUACGUGCACAUGCAGAAUCUGCUCGAAGGCUCGCGUAACACUCGAGAGAAUCUUCAACGUGCUAGACACGUACGGCUGGUUGUUAGACUCAUAUGUCGUGGAUUUCUUCCAAGAGCAACUGUGGGAGAGACUGCCGAGCAGCUGGAGGACCGAUCUGCAAACCGUGUCGCCCGACGAGUUCGGCAAGUGGUUAGCUGGCGACAUCUCGUG